GCUGCUUCUUCAGCCUUGCCGCAUGCACCAUGCAGCCCCCUCAUCUCCUCCUCUUCCUCUUUCUCCCGAUCCUCUUCCCUGGGAUGUGGGCAGACCCAGAGGAGCCACAGGUUAUCCAGUACCUCCUGACUAGCCUCUUUGCCAACAUCAGCUCUGCUGAGGUGUCAUGUGUGGCACUCGUAGGGGACAUAGCCAUCUUAACACUGGAUCCGGCCAACUGGAGCAUCCACUUCCACUGGCCCUGGGUCAGCCAGGCUGCAGCUGAAGGCGACGGGGAAAAGAUGAUGUCCCAGUACAAAAUUGCUCUGCGCAAUAUGAUCCGAUUUGUGCAUGACACAGUUCAGCAGACAAAACAGCACUACCCAUUGGUGGUUCAGUUCCGUGCAGGCUGUGUGCUGUACCCCAAUGCGACGAGCCAGGGCUUCCUGAAUGUUGGCUGGGAUGGCAGAGACCUUGUAGCUUUUGACGUAGAUAAACAGGGCUGGGAGGCCCAGCAGCCAUCCCACGUGGCAGAACUAGUCAGCAAGAGCCUCAACAGGCAGAAGUCUCUCAGAAUACUCCUGGAGCACCUUCUCUCUAUCUGGGUAUGUCAGAGCAACUUCCUCACCCUGAAGAGGUAUGGGAAGGAAAUUCUAGAGAGACAAGAGAUGCCUGUGGCCACGGUCUUUGCCCGCACCCCCAGCCUAGACCAGCUGCUGCUUGUUUGCCAUGUCACUGGCUUCUAUCCCCGUCCCAUCAGUGUGGCCUGGCUGCGGGAUGGCCAGGAGAUGCCUCCGGGCCCAGCGCUCAACACCAGCACCAUCCUGCCCAACGCUGACCUCACCUACCAGCUGCGCAGCGUCCUGGCCGUGGCCCCCCAUGAUGGGCACAGCUAUGUCUGCCGUGUGCGCCAUCACAGCCUGGGCACCCGCAGCCUUCUCAUCCCAUGGGAAAACCGCAGUGCAGCUCCAACCAUCAGCAUCACCAUUGCAGUGCUGCUUCUUGUGGCCACAGCCUUUGCUGGGGGAUUUUGGUGGUGGAAGCGCAGGAAAGGUAACGAGGCUACAUGGGAGACCCAGGAAUUCAUCAUUUGAGGCCUGGUUGCCCACACAGCAACAGCUGCUUGCUCUUCAUUCUUACUUCAUGUCCCACUCCUGACCUAUCAGCACGAACACGAUUUUCUUCUGGAAAACCACUUCAUUAAACAGCUACAAACUUCUUCUGAUACAUAUGGCUCCUGUGUCUCUCACUCUUCUUCCCCCUCGGAGCUUUUCUCAGGAAAGCCCUUGGCGCACUACAGAUACUCCAUAUGGCAUCCAGAGACUCUUCCUUUUCCUGGACUCUGGUUGGUCUCCACCUGGCAUGUCAGGAGAAGCCAGUCCUCUGACAGCCUCUCCCACAUCUCUCCAUGGCCAGUGUCUGUUCCUGACAGGGCAGUUAUAACCCAAGGCCAGACCACUGUGGGGUUGCUGAGUGAGAUGUGGGAUGGAGCAGGCCACAAAUCAAGGAGAGAUUGAGAGAUGCGAGUUCUUUCACUAGGGAGAGAAGGGAAGGGAGGAACCAAGUAGCACCCUUGACAUCCCUGACACAUUUUGAGCACAUUGAGCUGCUCCAUCUCCAGGGCUGAUCUCACCCUCAGUCCAGAAUGGUUUUAGAUCAGGAUCUCUUCCACUUCUGACUUCUGCCCCCAUGCUUGCCUCUGUAAAAGCUGGAAGGAUGUGGGCUUGUCACCCUUCCACUAUGCCUGACAGCUAUGAAAGAACCAUGCUGAGGCUCUGGGAGACUCUGAGCAACACACCCCACAGCAGGAUGUGAUUGUCAUCAGCUCAUUUUGUAUUGUCCAUUGUUCCUUCCUCCUCACCCUGCUCCAGUGUGGAGUUCCACUAACAGGAGACAGUGUUCCACAAAUGUCUCCAGCAUGGGUCCUUUUCAUGGGCUGCAGUUCAUCACAAACUGCUCCAGCAUGGGUCCUUUCUAUGGGGUCAGUCCUUCAGGAACGGGCUGCUCCAGUGUGGAUUCCCCUCAGGGUUACAAAUUCUGCCAGGAACCUUGCUCCAGCACAGUGUCUCCAUAGGGUCACAGUCUCUCUCAGGCACACUCACCUUCUAAGGCAUUGGACUCCUCCAAACGCUGCAGGUGGAUCUCUGCAGGUGUGGACUUUCAUGGGCUGCUGCAGGACAGCUGCUUCCUCAAGGUCUUCAGCACGGGCUGCUUGGGCACCAUCUCUUCUCAGUUGCCUGGAGCCAACAGGGUCCCUGCCGGGUCCCUGCCGGACCGCUCCCGAGGGAGCUGCCAAUGGUGACCCGGACUGCACCUGACGUCACCUGGUGCCCGGUAGAUCCCCGGCGCCUCUGCCCCGCCCGGCUCACGCUUCCAUUGGCUAUGCCACGGCCCGUUCGCCAAUGCCAUUCGUGCUCCUCCUGCGUCACCGGUCACCGGGCGAGCGUGGGACAAGCACGGCGGGGUGGUGGGGCUGACCCGGACUCCCAGUCUUUGCCCUCGGCCCCAUCCAAACCCAGGCCUGCGCUUCCAAGCACUCACUGUGGCUUCCCGCCGAUUCCGCACGUCCCCGGAUCCAGCCCUCAGUCACCCCCAGCAAUGAAGAGCCGGGGAUGAGCUCAAGACAUUUCUCGCCUCAGCUCCAGAUUUCAAGAUAAAGGCAAAAAGCCAGGAAGAUGUUUGCAAUUGUCAGGCCUGCUUAAAAACCCAAAGCCAUUCUCAUCACCUGUCUUGGGGAGCCAGAGAGACAUGGCAUGGUGAAAUAAUCGAACCAUUUGGUCCAGAAUGAUAAGAGCACUGUGGACCUCAUUGUCAUGACAUUGUUUCUCUCUUUCUUUCUGUAUGCAUAUACCUAUGUGUAUGAAUACAAAGCUUGUGUAUAAAACUGCUGAAAAUUUAAACUUCUAAAUUUCAUACCAAAGCAAUAAAAUCUCCCUGUUUGGGUGGGUUAUCCUGCAAUUCCCACUUCUUUUGAGAAACAUUUCUUGCUAGUGGAUAUGCCAGGCAGAAAUUUGAGACACCAAUGUACUAUCAUCUUUGGGGACUGGCACCACCAAACUGCUUCUAAUGAGCUCCAGGGUAAAGCCUUUAUUGUAAAAUAAAUUAAUUGAUGGAUAUUAUAAACUGAAGAGAUUAAAGCUUA